UUCAGUUGUGCACAGUCAGCUGGUGGGGAAAACACACCACUAACAGCGGAGAUUUCCCUUAUCCGCAGUUAUUUAUCUGCUGGGGAUCGACUGCUUGAGGAAAGGUCUUUCUGUGAGGACUGCAGCACCCUGUGAGGGAAAUAUUAUUUCUACAGGCAUACGCAGAGGAUCACGAUUGGCUGAGGGUCCUCUCACGGAUCCAGACAUCCUGAUGUUCGCUGACAAUCAGGAGAUGUCGCCCUGAUUGCUGUUUGUCUGUAACAGCUUCUCAUUAGGCAAGAUGUCAACUACAACAGAGAAUGGGAUGGGAGGGCCUUGGAACACAAGCAGAGAGAAAACCUACAAAAAGACCACGUCAUCGGCCUUGAAGGGGGCCAUUCAGCUCGGAAUCGGCUAUACAGUGGGCAACCUCACCUCCAAGCCUGACAGAGACGUGCUUAUGCAAGACUUCUAUGUGGUGGAGAGUGUGUUUCUGCCCAGUGAGGGAAGCAACUUGACCCCCGCACAUCACUAUCCGGACUUUCGCUUCAAGACCUACGCUCCGCUGGCUUUCCGCUACUUCAGGGAUCUGUUCGGCAUCAAACCAGACGACUACCUGUACUCCCUCGUAAAUGAGCCUCUGAUCGAGCUGACCAACCCGGGAGCUAGCGGCUCUCUCUUCUACCUGACCAGCGAUGACGAGUUCAUCAUUAAAACCGUCCAGCACAAAGAGGCCAAAUUUCUCCAGAGAUUACUACCUGGAUACUACAUGAACUUGAACCAGAAUCCGCGCACGCUGCUGCCCAAGUUCUACGGACUGUACUGCAUCCAGUCUGGAGGCAUAAACAUCCGGCUGGUGGUGAUGAAUAACAUGCUGCCGCGCUCCGUCAAAAUGCACUAUAAAUACGACCUGAAGGGCUCCACCUACAAGAGGCGAGCGUCCAGGAAAGAGAGAGAGAAGUCCUGUCCGACCUACAAAGACCUGGACUUCCAGGACAUGCACGAAGAAGGGCUUUACUUUGACCCAGAGACCUACAACAACCUGAUGAAGACCCUGCAGAGAGACUGUCGGGUACUGGAGAGCUUUAAGAUCAUGGACUACAGUCUGCUGCUGGGGGUGCACGUCCUGGACCAGAGCCAGAGGGAGGGGGGGGACCGGGCCAGGCGGGGGGGAGACGGGAGGAGGCCUGUGGGUCAGAGGGUGCUCUACUCCACCGCCAUGGAGUCCAUCCAGGGAGACGGCAAGGCUGCUGAAGCCCUCACCACAGACGACACGAUGGGUGGCAUCCCUGCCAAAACACACAAAGAAGAAAAAUUGUUCAUCUUCCUGGGCAUCAUAGAUAUUCUGCAGUCAUACAGGUUCAUUAAAAAGUUGGAGCACUCGUGGAAAGCCCUGGUGUACGAUGGCGACUCCGUCUCGGUGCACCGGCCCGGGUUUUAUGCCAGCCGCUUCCUCAAGUUCAUGAGCACACGGGUCUUCAGGAAGACUCAGCCGCUUCGAUUCUCCCCAUCAAAGAGGACUCGUACGUCCAUCCCGGCUCUGAAGUCGUCCUCGCAGGAGAUCCUUUCAUCGCAGGCAGAUGAGAGGAACGAGGAGGACAGGAGGGAGCGGCUGGGGGGGGCCUGCAGCCUGGCCAGUCUGGACGGACAAGCUGUGUUUGGCUCGUACCUGCGCCCCGAUCUGGUCCCCGCCAACCCGUCCUUCUACGAGGGCUCCUCCAUGGGAACCAUCUCCACCUCCUCCAUCUUUGUCAGCGUGGACAACAAGACAGAGAGAGAUGACGCUGCCUCCAGCUCCACGUUCACCCUGGAGGACAGCGCUAUCUGCCUCACUUCGGAGCAGAGCACCAUGGAUGUGGACCUAGACCGCGAUGACGGCUCGGUUCUGGAUGUGUACUUGUGAAAAGAGCAGCGUUAAAACCUCCAUUUCCUCCUGCCAAUCAUCAGACAAUCACCGCACUCCAUUUAACCAACCAGGCUGGCCUUUGACUUCCUGUGCUGCUAGAUCCAUGUUGCCACUCGUAUUGCCAACACAUAAAAAGACAGAGAUCCUCCCACCGGUUGAUGGACUAAAAGAAGACACGACGGACAUGCGAUGGACAUCUGCAGGAACAAUGUGACAAAUGUAAUGUGAUGAACACCAGGCUGUGUCGCUUUUUAGAGCAUGCAUCAACGCAGUGCCAUUAAGUUUUAUACAUGUAUUCUGUUUCCAUGGCCUACACAAAGAUCGAGAUAUUUACUAUAUCUUAAUACAUAUGAGGAGAGGGUAGAUACAUUUCUUUGACCGUGUUUCUCUGCUGACCAGACCUUUUUAAAGUUUGCAAUGUUGCUGAUCAGAAGAGAAAUGUUUACAGUGAAUUUAUGACGUCGUCUUUGUCCCUGAUGAACGAGGAUGUGACACAAGCCAGCAAGGAGGAGAAAAGACUCUCAUGAACAAACAUGAUGGAUUCUGUAAGCUCCGGAGGCCAAACAAAGACUGUGACGUGGUUAAAGCAGCAACCUUUUUCCCUUACUGGGCUGUUGUUCACGCUGCCUUGACGAUAACCUGAAGAGAGGAAGGACAGUACUGGAUCUUUGAUGAAGCACAGAGCCGAGGGACGGUGCACUCGCUCGUGAUCAAAAAGGCACUUUGGACAUCGUUAUGAUUACUGUAAGAAAUAUUUUUCUCUGAAGAAGUUGCUUUAGUGGGUGGGCUACCUGACAUAAGCACACAUUGGAUAUGUGAAUAUGCACUUUUAUUUCCUCUUUUACAAAUGCACACCUCUGUAAGUCCUUGAUACUACAUGUACAGAGACAGUGAAGGAACAUCGUAGAUCAUUUUGAUGUGGAGCUAAUAGUUUGUGAGGUGACUUUAACUCAGGAUAUCCUUUGAUACUGAAAAAGUGGGUCCUCUUCAAGAAGUUAUGGAACAUGCAGCCUACAAUUAGAAGCUGUCCGAUGCCAUCAUCAAGACCAUAUCCGACUAUAAAUGUUGAAUUCCACGAUCACACGUCGGUUGAGACCAUAAUUUAUUAUGUAAAUCUCAAUAUUUUACCAUUUGCUGAAAAAUACUAUAAAUCGCUGAAUGUAAAGACAAUGCAUAUUUAUAUUUAGAGACUCGUAUAAAUAAAUGGCUAAAAUGUCA